CAUGGUGGAUUGAUUUCACUUUUUCAGUCAAAAUUGAUUUGAUCAUUUGAAUUUUGAAUGUUUUGACGUUAUCCUGAAUAAUUUCGCCUUUUUCUCAAGAUCCUCUCCAGAAAAUCCGUAUCCUGCAGGGUGAUUGUCCGAGAUCUCGUUGAGUGUUGCGAAUCCUGGCGCGAGUUUGACGGAUGAAUUUGCACCGUGAAUAUCGUCUGACGCAAAUGCUGCAGCAUGAGUGGCAUUGAUCCUUGUUUUUUGUCGGAUCUUUUGACGCCCAAAAUGAACCGUACCAAGCGAGCUCGACGCAGCUCAACGAACGAUCGUGCCAGCGAAGACACCAAUGCUUCCACGAGCUCCACAUCCAACACCACAACGGCGACAACGCGGCCGAAACGCAUGCGCAAGGAGGAGGCACGGGAGGCGUCCACGGCGUCCUCCGAUGUUCAGCCUCCAUCGCCCAAUUCGCAAGAUUUACUGGAGGAGCUCUUCACUGUUGUCGUGCAGCACACCGACGAAAAAGGCGCACAGAUGAGCACCGAAUUCACCCUGCUCCCUUCGCGCACCAUCUACCCGGAUUAUUAUGGAGUCAUCAGUAAUCCCAUCGAUCUCAAGCAGAUUGCCAUGAAGAUUCAGGCUGGAAAGUAUCGGACGCUGGAUGCACUGGUGGAGGAUCUGGUGCAGAUGUUCAACAAUGCACUCGACUACAACUCGCCAGCAUCGCAGAUCCAUAAGGAUGCUGCAAUGUUGAAACGCUUAACACUGAACAAGAAAAACGAAUUCGAUGUACGAGAAUCAGCUCGCACGACCGAGCGUACAGUCAGGACACGCAGACAGACGCAGCUGGCAUCGGCCAUCUACGCCGCACUGGAGUACGGCGAGGAGGAUGGAGUGCGGGAAGGGGUUGCGGAGGAAGUCGAUGAGGUGGCGGAUGAAGUGAUGGCCGGGGAUUCCGAUGACGAGUCCGGUCAGGUGGAGCCGACCAGUGAAGGCAACAAUUCGGCGGCCAUGGAGGAGCUGUAUGAUGCGGUCACCAAAUUGAAGGGCCCUGGUGGGCGGAUUAUAUGCAAUCCGUUCCUCAAACUGCCCAGCAAAAAGAUCUAUCCGGAAUAUUACACCGUUAUCCGAUCGCCAGUCGCUUUGUCCCAGAUCAAGAGGAAAAUUAAGAAGGGAUUGUAUAUUGCAUUGGAUGAAAUGAUCCUUGAUCUGCAACUCAUGUGUCAGAAUGCGCAGAUCUUCAACAACGAAAAGUCUUCCAUCUAUCGCGAUUCGGAGCGGAUAAAAAAUUUUGUAGAAGGACGACUGAAAGAAUUCCAACAAGAAAUUGAUAAAAACAGUUCGCCUUUGAGAACGUCACUCAGUGAGAAACUACUGCCGGAAUACGAUGACUCGUCACUGCGUAAGCGUAUGAAAUUUUUAUUGCGCGGCAUCCUGGAAUACAAGGAUAAGGGCAUCUAUCCGGUGGAAAUGUUCCUGGAGAAGCCGCUGAAGAAGGAUUAUCCGGAUUAUUAUAACGUUAUCUCGCAGCCUAUUGACAUCAAAACACUGGUUAACAAAGUCCAGAAUGACAAGUUUGGGACGGAAGAGGUGUUGCUGGCGGACAUCCAACUUUUAUGUGACAACGCAAAACAGUAUAACGAAGAAGGAAGCGACAUUUAUAACGAUGCAGUGAAAUUUGAAGAAAUUGUGAAGAAAUCCUUGCGCGUCAUUGGCGUGUCGCCGACAGAAGAAAGCGGAAGCAGUGGCAGUCAGCGCCGACAUACUUCCAGCGCACGAAAGUAUGAGUAAAAUUUUUAUACUACAUUCUCCACUCCAACGUCGCCGCUGCAGGCCUCGUUGAUCGAACUGUACGAAUACGUGUGCGAAUUAACGGAUGAAACCGGAAGACAGCGAAGUGAAAUGUUUCAGACUUUGCCACUGAAAGCGGAAUUACCAGCGUAUUACGAUGUUAUUAAGAAGCCGGUAGAUUUGGAUAAGAUCUACAGCCGCAUCCAGCAGAAUCAGUACCCGACGAUGGACGACAUUAUUGAAGACUUUGGACAAAUGUUUGAAAACGCGGCAACGUUUAAUUCACCGAAAUCGCAGAUUUACAAUGAUGCACUGGUCCUGCUGGAUGCGACCAUGGAAAAGCACGCAAUAUGGGCAUCUUCGCUUCGGAGGUGCCGAAUGCGCCAGAAAGUGCAGGAGAUGCUGCAAAUUCUUAUGGAUAGCUUGAUGAAAUUCGAAGAUGCCAAUGGUCGGAAUUUAGCUGAACUCCUUGGAGAUUGUGUCGACGCGGAAUCGGAAUGCGGCAGUGAAGGCAGUGUGGAUGAAUCUACACCGCCUUUAACAUUGGAAAACAUCCGCUCCAACGUUUACCACGGCCGUUACCGCCGUCUGGACCGUUUACAGGACGAUGUCUUCCGCUGCCUGGAAAAUAUCCGCUUCAGCGCCCAGCCAGACUCCUCGACCUACGAGGACGCGGUCGCCCUGCACGAGCAUUUCAUCAACAAACGCGAUGAGCUAUGCGGUGCUAAAGGCGAGAAAUUUGUCUCCCCGGCCGUUCUCUACACUAAACGCCAAUUCCAGCAAUCCACUGAGCAAGAACGGAAGGAGGCUAAACGCCGACCGGUCUCCGCGGAACCGCCGAAAACCCCGCCACCGGCAUCCGAUUCGCCGGAACCUCGGAAUCAAAAUCGGAAGGCCCUUUCCGUCAGCGUGGGGGCAGAACAGUACUUCGUCGGGGAUUUUGUCUAUGUUGAACCGUAUGAAAAACUGAAGCAGCCGCUGAUCGUCUGUAUUGAAGAGCUGCUGAUGAGUGGCGACGGCAGCGGGGUAAUGUUGAUCAAAGGGUCGUAUAUGUUGCGCCCGUAUGAGACGUUCCAUGUGGCCUCGCGGAAGUUCUACGAGAAGGAGGUGUUCAAGAGCGAUAUGGUGGAGACGCAUGUACCCAGUCGGAUUAUCGGCAAAUGCUACGUUAUGGGAGCGAAGGACUACUUUAAGAUGAAACCGGUCGGGUUUGAUUAUAAGGACGUGUAUGUAUGCGAUGCGCGGUACGUUACCAAGCUAAAGACAUUCCGGAAGAUCAAGGUAUGGAAAAUGCCGGAGAAUUCGCGGGUUGUUCUGGUGGCACGGGAGAAGCCGUUGACGGCUGGCCGCGUUCCUUCGGUCUUCGCGGGUGCUGGUGAGCAGGACCUAGCGCAGUGCCCAGACUCAGAGGUUAUCGAUAUAUUCCGCGAGCCUGUAUUGGCCAAAAGUGCCAGUCCCGAUCCGGAUUACACCUUUUAUGAACAGAAGGAUUCACCGUUGGGCUUCUUGAAGAUUGGCGACUGCGUACUGGUCAAGAACGAAACCACGCACCACAUCAUCAAAAUUGACAAGAUUUAUUCCAAGCUGAGUCAAACAUUCGUAUCGGGAACGGUAUUCAUCUUCCCCAAAGAUCUGGAAAAGCACUCUCCGGCUAAAUUAUUCUACGCCAAUGAAGUGUACCAGAAAGUGACGGAGGCAUCGCAUCCCGUGGAAGAGUUAACCAGCCGGUGUGCUGUGUUGACGCUGAAAGAUUUCUCCACAUGCCGGCAAACGGAGAUCCCCGAGGACCAGGUGUACAUUAUGGAGGCCAAGAUCCAGGAGAAUGGUCAGCUGUUUAAACGGCACCGGGGAGCACGGUUUCUAAAUGUAUCUACGACGAGUUCAUCGCAUGCGACGGAGGAUGAACUGUACUUCUUCGAUAAGCCCGUCAAUCCGAAGCGCGUGGUGUCGCCGUUCUUGGAGGCCGCAUUGAGUGGCCGACUGGUGGAAAGCGAUACAGACGGCCAGGAAUCUCCUCCAACUGUGCAAAGUUACGACGACGACGUGAUGAGUGCCACCAACGACACCGACGAAAUAUCCUCCUUUGCGACGCCGUUAUCGCCCGCUGCUUCUGCACUGGAAGCAAUACCCAAACGCGGCCGGCGGUUGGGAAAGAAAAGCCCGAAGAAAUCCAAAUAUACAGUGUCCGGAUUUAUUUUGUACGGAGCGGAGAACCGCAAAACGAUUAAAGAAACUCAUCCGGGAUUGUCGUUUCCGGAAAUCAGCCGCGUAAUUUCCGAUAUGUGGAAAAAACUCUCGGCUCCCGACCGGAAGUACUGGGACGGCGAGGCCCGACGGAAGAGCCAGUUCAUCAACGAUGAACUGAAGAAACGCGGUCUGACAUACCUGGAGGGAAUCUCCUUUAAAGGCCUCGGCUCCAAACCCGAUUUGGACCUGGUGGAUGAACUGGAAAAACGCAUUCUGGAGCGGCAGUCGCAGGUGAAAGCACAAGCGGAACUGGAAGCCGCGGCAGCCAAGGCCGUCCAACCGCCUCCACCGCAGCCGGCCCCGCCACCCCCACCGGAACCGACCCCGGCGCCUUCAACGGAACCCGCCGCUCCCACCGGCCCCACCCCUAUCCCGCCACAAGCGCUGGCCAUCAUGCAGGCACAACAACAGCAGAUCCAGAAUUUAAUCCGCCAGCAGCAGCAGAUUCAUCGGCCGCUGUUCUUAACCCUGCCUCCGGAGCCUCCAAAGGUCAAACGCGCCCUGCACACCGAGGUCUUCCUGAAAUAUCUGGAGAAUAACGGGAUGGCGGGAGGGUCCCGUCCGGCGGUGCCAGCAUGGAAGCGGCAGUUACAGGCCACCCGGAGAACACGCCGCUGCCUGCCACGAUCCCCGGAUUAUUGGCCGUCUUUGUUGCAGAUUGACGCGGCGACGAAGAACAAAGGGAUGGAGCUGGUGAAUAAGCUGUGGAAUACGCGGAAUCUCAUGUUCACCGGGAUGUGCGGCCUGCCGGCCAUGCCGGAAGUGAGUGUCAGUGCGCCGCCGGCUGCCAUGACCGCGGCGCAGAGCAUGGGACCGCCCACGGGGGGAAUGGGCGUGGGAAUGGGCCGCAGCGCUCUGCGACGGGCGGCGUCCAGUCGCAGGUGAAUGUAGCUGGGUGUUUGUGUCUUUUUCUCUUAUUGUGCCGGUUAGGGUUGGUUUUACUUGUGGUGUGUAUAAUUGUAUAAUUAAUGUUUACCUUGCUAAGUUGCUGGUGUGUAUUUAAACGUUUGUUGUCGCUGGUAUUUGUUUUAUUGUUCGUUAAUCAUGUUUGCUGUUUUUCGCAGGCGUUUAUGCAGUACUAAUAUUUCGUAAUUUUAUUACCACGCGUGAAUCGGCGUAUGUUUGUUUGUAUUGUUUGUUUGCAUACAGCUGGAUAAUCCCAAUACAAGUACAAUGAAAACAACAUCUGUG